UCUCCUUUGUAGAGAUGAUAAUUUGCAGCCUGAUUACAGCCAUAGACAAUUGUUUUCCUCAGUUUUAUUCUUGGGGUGAUCACAAAGACUCCCCAAAUCCCAUCCCCAAACCUCCCAUCCAGCCGUCUUCCCUGCUAUUCCCCUUCCCCCUCUCAUCCUCUUUCCUACUACAAACCCUCUUCCACGUCCCAUUUCCUUCCUCCUUUUGUAUUUUCCCAUCCCUGGCUUUUUUGUUCUCUACGGUGGGGGAGGGAUCCAUGAAAUGAGAAAACCUGAGGACAACAAGGAGCUCUGCCAUUAGAGCAUCACAAUCUCUCAGAUUUGCUUCUUUAAUGGGAUUGUGAGACCACCCCCCGCCCCCACCCUCCGCUUUCUCCAGUCCUUUCUCUCUCUUCCUCAGUGUCACAGUCCCUGCCUAUAGGGAUAUAAUGGCUGGAGGUUCUCUCCACCAGAAUGCCCCUUACCCACCGCCUCAGCAGCAGCAGCACACUCCACAGAUGGAGACAGAAGCUUCAGACUCCAGGAAGAGACCCCUGGAGACACCUACCGAGGCUUCCAGCACCAAGAGGUCCAACACAGCAGCAGAAGACGGCGAGCUCUUCCUGAAGGUGCUAAUACCCAGUUAUGCCGCGGGUUCUAUUAUCGGGAAAGGCGGUCAGACCAUUGUCCAGCUACAGCGGGAGACGGGCGCAACUAUCAAACUCUCCAAAUCCAAGGAUUUUUAUCCAGGGACAACAGAACGGGUCUGUUUGGUGCAAGGAACAGCAGAGGCUCUGCUUUCUGUACACAAUUUCAUUGCAGAGAAAGUGCGGGAAGUGCCACAAGGAACAGCUAAAAGCGACCUGGGAGUCCUUAUUCCCACCCAAAACAACAUGAGUGCGGAGCGUGCCAAACAGGCCAAACUCAUCGUUCCCAACACAACAGCUGGUCUGAUCAUUGGCAAGGGUGGUGCCACUGUGCGGAGCAUAAUGGAGGAAUCUGGGGCAUGGGUCCAACUCUCACAGAAACCUGCAGGGCCAAACCUUCAGGAACGAGUGGUGACAGUGAGUGGGGAAGCUGGUCAGGUUGAACGUGCCAUGCAAAGCAUUAUACACAAAGCACGAGAGGACCCACCUCAGGGGACCUCCCAUCUCAACAUCAGCUACAUCAACUCACAGGGUCCUGUUGCCAACUCCAACCCUACAGGAUCACCCUAUGCUGGAGGGACCGCGGAACCAGCCAUUUCCCCCUUUCCAGCUGCACCACCAGCUCCACCAGCCAUCUCAGGUGGAGACCUCUUGGCCAUCUCUACUGCCCUAAAUACUUUGGCCAGUUAUGGUUACAGCACAGGUAUGGGUUUCAACCCUCUGGUGGGUAGUGUCCACCCAGCAGCUGUCAGUCUGCUGGCAUCCUACACUGGCGAAGCUGGUCCAGCUCUGGGGAUUGGAGGGGGAGGGAUUCUCAUGGAGAAGCUGGCUGCAGAGAGUGUUUCAGGCAAGGAGACUCUGGAGAUGGCUGUCCCAGAAACACUGGUUGGGGCAAUACUGGGAAAAGGUGGUAAGACACUGAUUGAGUACCAAGAACUGACAGGAGCUCGAAUCCAGAUCUCAAAGAAAGGGGAAUUUGUUCCAGGAACGAGAAGCAGGAAGGUGACCAUCACAGGACCUCCCGGCGCAACGCAAGCGGCACAGUAUCUCAUUGGGCAGAGAGUGGCUUACGAGCAAGGUGUGCGGUCUAGCAACCCGCAAAAAGUGGGGUAAAAACGAGACAUGAGGUGGGGAGAUUGGUGGGUGCGUGUGGGGGAAAAGAUAAUAUAAUGGGGAAACGUGAGAACCUGUAGGUUGGGAAGUUUUGGUCUGUGUGAGGGAUAAUGGGGGCUUGAACCUUCAUGGCAGCAGGACCUGAUCAUCUUAUACUGUACAGUAAUGGAAACGGAUCUGGGGAAUACGCUCCUCGAAGGCUACAAAGCUCAAGUUCAGAAUGGAAAGUGUUAUAUUAUUAACCCUAAAAAUGUGAAGAUUCCAAUGUUCAUCUAAAACAAUAGCAAUAAGAGCAGAUUUUGCACUGAAGUGACCAGUCCAUAUGUGCCCCCUCCAUAACACCUGACACAGGGACGGGUGAUACGCACCAGGCGCCAUAUAGAUAGCGGCGGGAAUACCGGUGUGACAUCAUCACUCUGAGAGGAGUCAUUACCUGCAGGGUGACACAGGGAGGGGUGAUACGCACCAGGCGCCAUAUAGAUAGCGGCGGGAAUACCGGUGUGACAUCAUCACUCUGAGAGGAGCCAUUACCUGCAGGGUGACACAGGGAGGGGUGAUACACACCAGGCGCCAUAUAGAUAGCGGCGGGAAUACCGGUGUGACAUCAUCACGCAGGGUGACACAGGGAGGGGUGAUACGCACCAGGCACCAUAUAGAUAGCGACGGGAAUACCGGUGUGACAUCAUCACUCUGAGAGGAGCCAUUACCUGCAGGGUGACACAGGGAGGGGUGAUACGCACCAGGCGCCAUAUAGAUAGCGGCGGGAAUACCGGUGUGACAUCAUCAUGCAGGGUGACACAGGGAGGGGUGAUACGCACCAGGCGCCAUAUAGAUAGCGACGGGAAUACCGGUGUGACAUCAUCACGCAGGGUGACAGAGGGAGGGGUGAUACGCACCAGGCGUCAUAUAGAUAGCGGCGGGAAUACCGGUGUGACAUCAUCACUCUGAGAGGAGACGUUCCCUGCAGGGUGACACAGGGAGGGGUGAUACGCACCAGGCGCCAUAUAGAUAGCGGCGGGAAUACCGGUGUGACAUCAUCACUCUGAGAGGAGUCAUUACCUGCAGGGUGACACACAGAGCCGGCCCUAACCAAUAUGAUGCCCUAGGCAAGAUUUUGGCUGGUGCCCCCUAGCACCACCACUGGUUCCGCCUCUGACCUUGCACCUCUUUCCCAGCACCAUCACCCCUCACCUAUAGCAGUCCUUAUUUUGGUGUUUGUACACCCUACAUUUUAAAUAGGAACAGUUCGCACAUUUGGCGCACAGCCCAAAAAGGGGUGUUUUUUUGCUGGCAAGGGGCAUGGCCACACAAUAACCCCAAUUCCAAUUACGCCACACAGUACUGCAACUUUAUUCACAUUUGAUCAUGCAAUAAUGUCCAUAAUUUAUAUUAGAUCCCACAGUAGUAUCACUUUACCUUAUAAACGUUACUCCUCACAGUAGAGCCCCUUAUUCACAUUACAUCACACUGACUUGCUCCUUAUUCACAUUACACCACACCCUAUUGCUCUUUAUUCACAUUAGACGACACAGUAGUGCCCUUUCCAUACGCAACGCCACAUAGUAGAGCACCUUAUACACAUAAUUCCACACAGUAAUGCCCCUUACACAUAUGGGACACAUUAUUAAUGUCCUUAUAAACAUAAUGCGCCUUACACAUUAUGACAACCUUUAUUAAUGCCCUUUUACACAUAAUGUCCCUUACACAUAUGCCGCACAUUAUUAAUACCCUUAUACACAUAAUGACACACAUAGUGCCCCCUACACAUUUGCUGCACAUUAUUAGUGCCCCUAUACACAUAAUGACACACAUACAGUAGUACCCUGUUACACAUAUGCCGCACAUUAUUAAUGCCCUUAUACACAUAAUGACACACAUAGUGCCCCUUACACAUAUGUUGCACAUUAUUAAUGCAUUUUUACAUGACACACAUACUGCACCUUACACAUAUUCUGAACACUACUGCACAACCAACCCACUCACAUGCACACAGCACUCACACUGCCACUAACACUGUGACCUCUGCCUCUGCUUGGAUACAGAUGUGUCCUCAUAAAUCUUGCCUCAAUGCUAAUGUUGGGCACACCUUUUUUUAAUGAAAAUUAUUUGCAUUGAUAUGUGGCUAGGAUGCACAAGCAGCUUCUGCUGAUUAAACUGAUAUGCAGCAUGCCUAUAUACUGUGUGAGACUGUGGCUGUAUCUGCAUAUGAAAUGCUACACACAGAAUAUAGGCAUGCUGCAUAUCAUUUUAAUCAGCAGAAGCUGCUGAUGUCCCUAGGCAUAUCAAAUGCCCUAGGCAAGUGCCUAGUUUGCCUAUGCCUGUGGCCGGCUCUGGUGACACAGGGAGGGGUGAUACGCACCAGGCGUCAUAUAGAUAGCGGCGGGAAUAGCGGUGUGACAUCAUCACGCAGGGUGACAGAGGGAGGGGUGAUACGCACCAGGCGUCAUAUAGAUAGCGGCGGGAAUACCGGUGUGACAUCAUCACUCUGAGAGGAGACAUUACCUGCAGGAUGACACAGGGAGGGGUGAUACGCACCAGGCGCCAUAUAGAUAGUGGCGGGAAUACCGGUGUGACAUCAUCACUCUGAGAGGAGACAUUACCUGCAGGGUGACACAGGGAGGAGUGAUACGCACCAGGCGUCAUAUAGAUAGCGGCGGGAAUAGCGGUGUGACAUCAUCACGCAGGGUGACAGAGGGAGGGGUGAUACGCACCAGGCGUCAUAUAGAUAGCGGCGGGAAUACCGGUGUGACAUCAUCACUCUGAGAGGAGACAUUACCUGCAGGAUGACACAGGGAGGGGUGAUACGCACCAGGCGCCAUAUAGAUAGUGGCGGGAAUACCGGUGUGACAUCAUCACUCUGAGAGGAGACAUUACCUGCAGGGUGACACAUAUGCCGCACAUUAUUAAUACCCUUAUACACAUAAUGACACACAUAGUGCCCCUACACAUUUGCUGCACAUUAUUAGUGCCCCUAUACACAUAAUGACACACAUACAGUAGUACCCUGUUACACAUAUGCCGCACAUUAUUAAUGCCCUUAUACACAUAAUGACACACAUAGUGCCCCUUACACAUAUGCUGCACAUUAUUAAUGCAUUUUUACAUGACACACAUAAUGCACCUUACACAUAUUCUGAACACUACUGCACAACCAACCCACUCACAUGCACACAGCACUCACACUGCCACUAGCACUGUGACCUCUGCCUCUGCUUGGAUACAGAUGUGUCCUCAUAAAUCUUGCCUCAAUGCUAAUGUUGGGCACACCUUUUUUUAAUGAAAAUUAUUUGCAUUGAUAUGUGGCUAGGAUGCACAAGCAGCUUCUGCUGAUUAAAAUGAUAUGCAGCAUGCAUAUAUACUGUGUGAGACUGUGGCUGUAUCUGCAUAUGAAAUGCUACACACAGAAUAUAGGCAUGCUGCAUAUCAUUUUAAUCAGCAGAAGCUGCUGAUGUCCCUAGGCAUAUCAAAUGCCCUAGGCAAGUGCCUAGUUUGCCUAUGCCUGUGGCCGGCUCUGGUGACACAGGGAGGGGUGAUACGCACCAGGCGUCAUAUAGAUAGCGGCGGGAAUAGCGGUGUGACAUCAUCACGCAGGGUGACAGAGGGAGGGGUGAUACGCACCAGGCGUCAUAUAGAUAGCGGCGGGAAUACCGGUGUGACAUCAUCACUCUGAGAGGAGACAUUACCUGCAGGAUGACACAGGGAGGGGUGAUACGCACCAGGCGCCAUAUAGAUAGUGGCGGGAAUACCGGUGUGACAUCAUCACUCUGAGAGGAGACAUUACCUGCAGGGUGACACAGGGAGGAGUGAUACGCACCAGGCGUCAUAUAGAUAGCGGCGGGAAUAGCGGUGUGACAUCAUCACGCAGGGUGACAGAGGGAGGGGUGAUACGCACCAGGCGUCAUAUAGAUAGCGGCGGGAAUACCGGUGUAACAUCAUCACUCUGAGAGGAGACGUUCCCUGCAGGGUGAUACAGGGAGGGGUGAUACGCACCAGGCGUCAUAUAGAUAGUGGCGGGAAUACCGGUGUGACAUCAUCACUCUGAGAGGAGACGUUCCCUGCAGGGUGACACAGAGAGGGGUGAUACGCACCAGGCGUCAUAUAGAUAGCGGCGGGAAUACCGGUGUGACAUCAUCACUCUGAGAGGAGACGUUCCCUGCAGGGUGAUACAGGGAGGGGUGAUACGCACCAGGCGCCAUAUAGAUAGUGGCGGGAAUACCGGUGUGACAUCAUCACGCAGGGGGACACAGGGAGGGGUGAUACGCAGCAGGCGUCAUAUCGAUAGCGGCAGGAAUACCGGUGUGACAUCAUCACUCUGAGAGGAGACAUUAUCUGCAGGGUGACACAGGGAGGGGUAAUACGCACCAGGCGCCAUAUAGAUAGCGGCGGGAAUACCGGUGUGACAUCAUCACUCUGAGAGGAGACAUUACCUGCAGGGUGAUACAGGGAGGGGUGAUACGCACCAGGCGCCAUAUAGAUAGUGGCGGGAAUACCGGUGUGACAUCAUCACGCAGGGUGACACAGGGAGGGGUGAUACGCACCAGGCAUCCUAUAGAUAGCGGCGGGAAUACCGGUGUGACAUCAUCACGCAGGGUGACAGAGGGAGGGGUGAUACGCACCAGGCGUCAUAUAGAUAGCGGCGGGAAUACCGGUGUGACAUCAUCACGCAGGGUGACACAGGGAGGGGUGAUACGCACCAGGCGUCAUAUAGAUAGCGGCGGGAAUACCGGUGUGACAUCAUCACGCAGGGUGACACAGGGAGGGGUGAUACGCAUCAGGCGUCAUAUAGAUAGCGGCGGGAAUACCGGUGUGACAUCAUCACUCUGAGAGGAGACAUUACCUGCAGGGUGACACAGGGAGGGGUGAUACGCACCAGGCGCCAUAUAGAUAGUGGCGGGAAUACCGGUGUGACAUCAUCACGCAGGGUGACACAGGGAGGGGUGAUACGCACCAGGCGUCAUAUAGAUAGCGGCGGGAAUACCGGUGUGACAUCAUCACGCAGGGUGACACAGGGAGGGGUGAUACGCAUCAGGCGUCAUAUAGAUAGCGGCGGGAAUACCGGUGUGACAUCAUCACUCUGAGAGGAGACAUUACCUGCAGGGUGACACAGGGAGGGGUGAUACGCACCAGGCGCCAUAUAGAUAGCGGCGGGAAUACCGAUGUAAAACCAUCACUCUGAGAGGAGACAUUACCUGCAGGGUGACACAGGGAGGGGUGAUAUGCACCAGGCGCCAUAUAGAUAGUGGCGGGAAUACCGGUGUGACAUCAUCACGCAGGGUGACAGAGGGAGGGGUGAUACGCACCAGGCGUCAUAUAGAUAGCGGCGGGAAUACCGGUGUGACAUCAUCACGCAGGGUGACAGAGGGAGGGGUGAUACGCACCAGGCGCCAUAUAGAUAGCGGCGGGAAUACCGGUGUGACAUCAUCACUCUGAGAGGAGACAUUACAUGCAGGGUGACACAGGGAGGGGUGAUACGCACCAGGCGUCAUAUAGAUAGCGGCGGGAAUACCGGUGUGACAUCAUCACGCAGGUGGACACAUGGAGGGGUGAUACGCACCAGGCGUCAUAUAGAUAGCGACGGGAAUACCGGUGUGACAUCAUCACUAUGAGAGGAGUCAUUACCUGCAGGGUGACACAGGGAGGGGUGAUACGCACCAGGCGCCAUAUAGAUAGCGGCGGGAAUACCUGUGUGACAUCAUCACUCUGAGAGGAGACAUUAACUGCAGGGUGACACAGGGAGGGGUGAUACGCACCAGGCGUCAUAUAGAUAGCGGCGGGAAUACCGGUGUGACAUCAUCACGCAGGGUGACACAGGGAGGGGUGAUACGCACCAGGCGUCAUAUAGAUAGCGGCGGGAAUACCGGUGUGACAUAAUCACGCAGGGUGACACAUGGAGGGGUGAUACGCACCAGGCGUCAUAUAGAUAGCGGCGGGAAUACCGGUGUGACAUCAUCACGCAGGGUGACAGAGGGAGGGGUGAUACGCACCAGGCGUCAUAUAGAUAGCGGCGGGAAUACCGGUGUGACAUCAUCACUCUGAGAGGAGACAUUACCUGCAGGGUGACACAGGGAGGGGUGAUACGCACCAGGCGCCAUAUAGAUAGCGGCGGGAAUACCGGUGUGACAUCAUCACGCAGGGGGACACAUGGAGGGGUGAUACGCACCAGGCGUCAUAUAGAUAGUGGCGGGAAUACCGGUGUGACAUCAUCACGCAGGGUGACACAGGGAGGGGUGAUACGCACCAGGCGUCAUAUGGAUAGCGGCGGGAAUACUGGUGUGACAUCAUCACGCAGGGGGACACAUGGACUGCUCACAGAUGGUAUGGGGAUCCCACGUACUCACAGAUGUGUGCCAAAUACAGUCUAUACCUAGAACUAGUGCCAAACCCCACUACCCCUGCACGUAUCCGGCCCUUAGGGUCCCUCGAGGGCUCUUAUAACAGUCUGGCUGAUCUUACUUCUCUUCAGCUGCUUUUCUGGUCAAAUAAAAAUCCAAAACUGUACAUUGUAACGCAGAUGUAGAUAUUUCUUGAGGCUAUAAAAAGAAAAGGCUCAAUUUUGUGUAGAAAUUGUCAAAAUUCAUUAAAUCCAUUAAAGAA